GCAGACAGUGGAACGUGUGACAUUACAGAACCAACUCCAGCAGCUUUUAGAAGCUCAGCGGUCAGAGGGCAAGUCACUGCCCACAUCCCCAAGCUUGCCAUCAUCUCCCGCUUCUGGCAAACCCCAGUGGAAACCAUCUGAAGCAGAUGAAUUGUCUCCACCAAAAAGUAAAUUGAACACCCAAGAUGGGAUUCAGAUUCUUGGCAGCUUAGGAACUUCUAGUCGCACUCGAGCCAAGAUAAAAGAUGAGGACUCAGAUAAAAUCUUGCGCCAAUUAUUGGGGAAGGAAAUCUCUGAAAACGUCUGCAUGCAGGAAAAGCUGACUUUGGAAUUUCAGGAUGCUCAUGCAUCGUCCAAGAACGUGAGGAAGAUUUUGCCAGAGAAAAGGGAGCUGAAGUUAGCCAGACUGAGGCAACUGAUGCAGAGGUCGCUCAGCGAGUCUGACACAGACUGUGCUAAUUCUGAGGACCACAAGAACACCCCUGUGAAAAGAACUGACAAACCAAGGCCUCAGCCCAUUGUGGAGAGUGUUGAGGGCACAGAGAGUUUGCACCUGAUGAUUAAGAAGCACACCUCCACAGCAGGACGCCGCUUCCCUUUUGGUAUCAGGGUCUCUAAGUCUGUGGAUGGUCACAGCCCUUCCCCUACUUCGGAGAGCAGCGAUCCCGAUAAUGACGCCCCGUAUCAGUCUGGUACCGUACCUCAGAGCCAGUUUUGUGGAGACAACUCUCCGUCCAGCACGGACAGUGCCUCUGCUCAGAAAGUUGCCACCAGCCCUAAGAGUGCUCUCAAGUCUCCAUCUUCAAAGCGCAGAACCUCCCAAAAUUUGAAACUCCGAGUAACUUUUGAGGAGCCUGUAGUGCAGGUGGAGCUAGCAGAGUCAGAACUAAAUGAGGAAAAAGAUAAAGACCGGGGCAAAGGACUCGUGCGGGCUUCACUCGCUUCUGGGGAUACAGCAGGGGACCAUCUGAAAAGACCUUUUGGAACCUUUCGGUCCAUAAUGGAGACCCUGAGUGGCAACCAAAAUAACAACAACAACUGUCAAACAGCAAACCUGAUCAAAACCUCAUCAACUCUGCCUUUUACCUCAUUAGGAAGGAAGACAACAGACAGCAAGGGAAGUCCAGCAGCUGUCAUAAAAGGAAGGAACAAGCCAGGUCCUUACUCCAGCUACAACAGUCUUUCCUCUGUCACGCUGAAUGAAGAACUUCUGUUUAACUGUGCUUGGCAUGAUGACAUCAAUAGAAAAAGCUGCAAAUCCAACAGUCAAAAGAAUACUGAAGAGCCAGAGCUGCAGGAAUUCUUCCUCUAAACCACAUCUCAUGAUGUCUCACUUUGCAAUAUCGGAAAUAUAUCCCUUUGAAACACUAAUAUGAGACAUACCCCUCA